AUGGAAGAACUAACACAGCUACAGAGAGCGCUGCAAGGCUUAAUCCAGUCGAGAACCAGACUAGAAACACAAUUCCAGGAGAACAAGAUUGUCAAGAAGGAGUUUGAGAGCUUGUCUUCCGAUUCCAGCGUAUACAAGCUCGUGGGGCCUGUGUUACUCAAACAAGACAAAGAAGAGGCAGAAGACAACGUGGGCAAGAGAUUAGAAUUCAUCACGUCGGAAAUAGAAAAGGUGGAAAAAAACAUAAAGGCAACGCAAUCCACCAUGCAGUCGAAAAGGCUUGCCUUACAACAGCAGCAGCAAGGAUUAUGA